UAGAUCCCAUAACGACCUGUGAAACAGGGUGGGUCUCAUUCCAAAGGAGUUGUUAUUAUUUUUCAACAUCCAAAGGUACAUUCAAGGAAGCAAUGUUGGCAUGUUACCAGAUGGGCGCAGAAUUAUUGGAACUUCAACAUGCCAAGGAAGAGGAAUGGUUUGAUCUCCAGAACCGGUUACGAAAUGAAAUGACAGAGGUCUGGCUUGGUGCUAGCGAUAUCAAAGAAGAAGGGAAGUUUGUGUAUGUUUCCAAUGCUGAGAAAAUUUACUACGCUCAGUGGGUAAGAAGACGACCAGAUAACAUUGGAAAAAAUGAGCACUGUCUUACCUAUGACGUGGCUUUAAAGGGAAUGAAUGAUGCAAAAUGUGAUAGCAGAUUUAACUAUGCAUGUAAUGAGCAGAGGAAAAAUGAAUGA